AUGUCGACCGAGCACGAGAAAGUCGAUCUCACUCACACGGAUCAUGCACAGGAUCUCGCCUACAGCGAAGCCGGAGACAAGCAAGGGGUUGUCUCCGAUACCCUUGCUGCUCAGUAUGUCGAUGAAUCAGUCGUCAUUUCUCCAGAGGAGAACAAACGGUUGAAAUGGAAGAUUUACACUCGUGUCCUUCCCGUCAUGUGUGUAUGCUACAUCACGCAAAGUCUCGACAAGGGUGCACUCGGUGCCACUUCCAUCAUGGGCUGGCGAGAAACUGUACACGCUGUGGGUCAAGAUUACGCUCUUACGUCCACCAUCUUCUACUGUGGAAUUAUCGUCGGAGAGCCAUUGGUCAACCAAUUCAUCCGAAGAGCCCCUGUGGCCAAGAUCCUCGCCUUCUCCAUGUUCGGCUGGUCAGCUUUGAUGUUCGGAUUGACGUUCGCACUCGAUAUCAAAGCUGUCUUUGCCAUCCGUUUCCUGCUCGGUCUUCUCGAAUCUUCAUUCAAUCCCUGUUUACUAGCUAUCACCGUCCAAUGGUUCUUGAUCGAAGAACAAGUUAAAAUUGUCACUAUCUGGCAACUGCAAUUCGUCUUGGCGGGAAUCAUCACCAAUCUCCUAUCCUAUGGAUUCUAUCACCUUCACGGAGCGGAAUUGACUCGAGACCACGGCCUCUACGCAUGGCAAUGGCUCGUUUUGUGCCUCUCCUUCAUCUCCACCAUUGCUUCAGCCAUCGUUCUUAUUUGGUUGCCCGAUUCGCCACCCCAAGCCCGAUGGGCCACUCCCGAAGAGAAAGUCAAGUUUGUCGAGCGUGUGCGAAAAAACGAUCAGGGUAUCAAGCAAAAGGUUUGGAAAUCUGAGCAAGCAUGGGAAGCUGCCAAGGAUCCCCUUGUCUACCUUUUGCUCGGAAUGAUGCUCCUCCAGACCUUGGUUGUUGGAGGUCUCAACACGUUCAACAGUUUGCUCAUCAACAAGGCCUUUGGAUUCACCGUUCUCAACUCUCAAUUGCUCUCUUGCGCUCUUGCUGGGUUCCAAGGAAUAUUGUACAUCCUCAUUGGAUUCCUCAUCACCAAAACCAACCAGACUGUCUACUGUCAGAUCGCCUACACACUCGUCAAUAUUGCCAUGACUGUCGUCUUGAUUGUCGUCAAGCCUUCGGACAAGACUAAGGGAGGAUUGCUGUUUGCCUUCUACGCUGCCCAAUGCUUCCAAUCGCUCUCACCUUCCAUCUGGUCCAUGUGUUCUCGAAACAUUGCCGGACAGACCAAAAAGUCGAUCGUCUACGCCGCGUUCUUCAUCGCUUGGGCCACUGGAAACGCCGUUGGACCCCAAUUUUUCCAAUCAGCCUGGGCUCCGCGAUACCUCAACUCUCUCUACAUCCACAUCGGUUGCUACAUUCUCUUCAUCGCUGACAUCCUCGCCAUUCGAAUGCUUUGCGUUUCUCGAAACAAGAAGCGAGACAGAGCCUUGGAAGCCACCAACACGGAGAAUCACCAUCACCUGGCUUUCGCCGACAGGACUGAUUUGGAGAACCCCGAAUUCAGGUACUCGUAUUAG